GGCUGGGCUCUGGGCACGGAGGGGUUAACUAAGAGCGAAUCUCAGAGAGCGAGAUCAAUGGGUUACUCACUGCAGAAAGAGGCAGAAGCAACGCAGAGAGGCAGAGAAGAGCCAGGCAGAGGAGCAUGCCACCUGAGGAAAACCAGAACCCGAGGAGGAGGUGGCCAGUGGCUCCUCCAGAGGGAGUGCCCAAGUCCAGCUCACCAGAGGAGGGGCCUUAGCGGAGAAGUGAGAGGCAGACCCGCACCUGCAGGAAGGCACCGAGGGCAGUCACUGAACCAGGAGGCAGCCUCAGCGGGGCCGGUUCACCUAGAAUCCAGCAAGGGUCCAGUGCCCAGAGUUGAGGUGCCCAUCUGAUGGGGACAUGGCUGAUGCACAGAACAUUUCGCUAGACAGCCCAGGGAGUGUGGGGGCUGUGGCAGUGCCUGUGGUCUUUGCCCUCAUCUUCCUGCUGGGCACAGUGGGCAAUGGGCUGGUGCUGGCAGUGCUGCUGCAGCCCAGCCCUAGUGCCUGGCAGGAGCCGGGCAGCUCUACGGACCUCUUCAUCCUCAACCUGGCAGUGGCCGACCUCUGCUUCAUCCUGUGCUGCGUACCUUUCCAGGCUGCCAUCUACACAUUGGACGCCUGGCUCUUUGGGGCCCUUGUUUGUAAAGCUGUGCACCUGCUUAUCUACCUCACCAUGUAUGCCAGUAGCUUCACACUGGCUGCUGUCUCAGUGGACAGGUACCUGGCCGUGCGGCACCCGCUGCGCUCGCGGGCGCUGCGCACGCCACGCAACGCCCGCGCCGCCGUGGGCCUGGUCUGGCUGCUGGCGGCGCUCUUCUCGGCGCCCUACCUCAGCUACUACGGCACGGUGCGCUACGGCGCGCUGGAGCUCUGCGUGCCCGCCUGGGAGGACGCGCGCCGCCGCGCCCUCGACGUGGCCACCUUCGCCGCCGGCUACCUGCUGCCGGUGGCCGUGGUGACCUUGGCCUACGGACGCACGCUGCGCUUCCUGUGGGCGGCCGUGGGCCCCGCGGGCGCGGGGGCGGCCUGGGCCCGACGCAGAGCCACGGGCCGCGCGGGGCGCGCCAUGCUGGCGGUGGCCGCGUUGUACGCCCUCUGCUGGGGCCCGCACCACGCGCUCAUCCUGUGCUUCUGGUACGGCCGCUUCGCCUUCAGCCCGGCCACCUACGCCUGCCGCCUGGCCUCGCACUGCCUCGCCUACGCCAACUCCUGCCUCAACCCGCUGGUCUACGCGCUCGCCUCGCGCCACUUCCGCGCGCGCUUCCGCCGCCUGUGGCCCUGUGGCCGCCGCCGCCGCGCCCGCUGCCCCCCGGGCGCCCACCGCGCCCUCCGUCGCAUCUGCCCGGCGUCCUCGGGCCCUGCCGGCUGCCCGGGCGACGCCCGACCUCGCGGGAGGCUGCCGGCGGGCGCCGGCGGGGGCGGGGAUCCUAGGAAGGAGGCUGCCCGCGGUGGAGAGGCCGGGCGAGCCGGGGCUGCCCCAAGACCGGAAUAAACCUUGCCGCCUCCCUCUGCUGGGCGUCCGUGCAUCUGUCACUCCCAGUCCCAGGGCAGAACGCUACUAACGUAGGGGACGGGGCCAAAGCCAGGGGCCGUCCGAGGAACAGUGGGCACGCGGCUCUCACUGCCCUGCGGUGAACGUGGGUCCACCCAGCCAAGCGCAGCCCCCACGUGCCAUCCAUAGGAGGGCAGUGCCUCCGCUCAACGCCCUAACCGGGUCAGCACCUUCUAGGCCCUGCCUCCUCCUCCACCCUUUACCCUUCUCCCUUUCAAGCCCUGUCGCUAUUAUUAAUACUAGUGGCUAAUAUAGAAAAUUUAUUACACAUUUACUAUGUAUCUUAUGCAGAACUACUACGUCAAUUACCAAAGCAGCUUUGCAAGGUAAGUGUAAUUAGUUCCAUUUUACAGGUGUAGAAAUCAAGAAUCAGAAGAUUUAGUGAUUUGCCCAAGGUUACAUAGUUGGUGUUUGGCAGAGGUUGGAUUCAAACCCACUGCCGUCUAACUGUGUCUACUCAGUGGAGUCCCCUUCACCUCUGAGGCCUCUGCUCUGUUAACGGUUUCUAAGAUUUCCUUGGUUCUUCCUGAUUCUGCAUCUGCCCUCUUUCCCAAACCUGCAGCUCCCACAUUUGACUGGAUGCCCUGGAAAUCCCAGAGAGCCCAGUCGCCUUCCUUAGGAGAGUUCUUUUCAAUUACUCAGGCCUGUGGGCGUCCCCUGGGCUUCCCCCAGCCAUCAAGUCCUAGGUCCACUGCCUGACCCAACCCCUUCGUACUGUUCCUUCAGCCAUUUGGUGCCCUUGAGCCAUUGUAAGGCCCCAGCUGGCCUCCCAGCAGCCCUGGCUGCCAUGUGGCCGCCUCCCUCCCUAUCCCUGCACACAGCUGGGGUAGUCUGUGGCUGUGGAAACCUCUUAAUUAACCAAUAAAUCAGUCUCAAUGGUUGCAGAGCUGCCCACAUCCCUCCCUUCCUCCCUCAUCUAACGCCAAUAAUGUUUAUUAGCUUCUGGCUUAGGCCUGAGACCUAUCAGCCUCAGUGUCUCCAAGCACACCUCCUAGCUGCUGUGCACCCUGGGAAAGCCCCACCCUAACAGUAGGCAGCUGCAGCAUCCUCAUCACUGUCACCUGCCACAGACCCAGGGGUCAAAGUGGCAGUUACCCUUCACAGGGGGAGACUGAGACCAGCCUCUGCUUUGAGGGCCCAGCUCAGGGGCCAACACCUGGUGUUUUUUCUCCCACAUCUCCCAAGGAUUCCACGGCCGACUCAGGGUGCAGCAGGGGGAGUGUGUCUGGAGGGCAGGGUGUGACACUGUCUGUUUCCGCUCUACCCUCAUGGCCUCUGUUACCCUGUAGCCACCAGUCACUCAUCCACUGGCUCAUCAUUGCUUUGCACCAUCCCUGGCUGGCAGGGGACAGUAUCUCCAUUUUCAGAAGCAAAAACUGAGGCUCAAGGACGUAAGGUAACUUGAUCAGGGCCAAGUGGCAUGUUCACAGCAGAGCUGGGAUACUACUGGGCCUGCGGGAUGGCUCUCAUGGCAGCCCAGGCAGCAUUGGGAAAACAUCGCAGACUACCUGACAGCAGCUGCACAACAGUGGUGAGUGCCUACAAAGCAGAAUUAGGUAACAAAAU